UAACGUUACCUCAGCAUUGGUUGGUUGUUUCUGUCUGACAAGAUCACAUGAUCCUCCGGAGGCUGAACCGUGCAUCGUUAGCUUGUUAGCUUGUUAGCAGCUAGCUGCGUUAGCUGCGUUAGCUUGUUAGCGUUAGCAACCAACCGAGCCUUUGGGGUUCACCGGAAACGGUGCUCUCUGACGUUAUCUUCGAGCCACGCCAAGACGAGGAGCUGUCAAACAUUAUGCAUUAAUGUUAUUGCAGUUUUAAUGUGUUUUGUUUCUCUUUGGCUCAGCAGCUGUCUGGCUCAAACCGCUGGUUGAACGUCACCUACAUGGCUGCUCACAUCAACAUUAAACAUAUGAGCAUGUGACCAAAGGACCGGGGUCUACAAGCACAUGAUCUGGACAAGUGGAGGAGGACAAAAUCAAUCAGGGGUAAAUUAUUUUAAAGUGGUCGACCGAGAUUGAACAGCCAUGACAACAAAGACGUCCCUCCUUAAAGUCAUUCUGCUGGGUGAUGGUGGUGUAGGAAAAAGCUCCAUCAUGAACCGUUACGUCACCAACAAGUUUGACGCACACCUUUUCCACACCAUUGGCGUGGAGUUCCUCAACAAGGAGCUGGAGGUAGAUGGCCACCAGGUUACCCUACAGAUCUGGGACACUGCUGGCCAGGAGCGCUUCCGCAGCCUGAGGACUCCUUUCUACCGUGGCUCUGACUGCUGCCUGCUCACCUUCAGCGUCGACGACAACCAGAGUUUUCUCAAUCUAGGCAACUGGAAGAAGGAGUUCAUCUACUACGCGGACGUCAAGGAGCCGGAGAAGUUUCCAUUCGUGGUCUUGGGCAACAAACUGGACGUGACGGAACGGCAGGUGUCUACUGAGGAGGCUCAGCAGUGGUGCCAGGAGAACGGUGACUUCCCGUAUUAUGAGACCAGCGCCAAGGAUGCCACCAAUGUAGCGGUGGCCUUUGAGGAGGCGGUGCGCAGAGUGUUGGCACUGGAUGAAAGAACGGACCACCUCAUCCCCACAGACACAGUCAAGCUCCACAGAAAGCCUCGCUCUGCUGCCUCUUGCUGUUCAUAACGUUCAGGAGUUAUCACUAACAUUGAUUUGCUGUUAUGCCUGUAAUGUGACGAGGCUGUAGGGUUUACAAUGCUGUAGUAACAUCUUAUUUAAACAAAUUAUGCUACUGGCUUUAUGAUUUGUUAUACUAUUGAGGUUUGAUUAUGCUAAUAGUCGGUCUUCUGUGUCAAGAGAAGAGAGGAAACACUAAAUUCACCCCCUAAUUAAUUACAAAUAAACAUGAAAUCACUGAAUCAUUUACUCAGCUCUACCGCAGUUCAAAGGUCAGGCUUUGGAGGGGUAGCAGGAAAAUAAACUAUAAUUUGUGUUGACCCAAGACUACCUGUGGGGAACUAAAAACUUCUGUUCAAGUUUCACUUCCCUCUCAAAUGAUUACAUGUUCCAUUCUGUCAUGAAGACAAAUUAUAAUGUGACUCUUAAAACGUGUACGACUUUGGGAGUGCGAUCAUCAUAGGGUUUCUUAACUUCACUCCUAAUUAUAAUAACACAGAGUGAUGACCUAUUUAUUUAUAUUCAGAAAAUAACUACAUAAUUAAUUUAUACAGCCCAAUAACCUUAUUUUCUGAGAAUUAUGAAGUAGCUAAGGCACUACUAUAUAUAACUAACAAAUUGAAGCUUGUCGUGAUUAUUGCACCUUUAGGUCUUGUUCGUGCACAUUCUGCUUAGUGAAUAGAUUACGGCUGUGUGCUGGAAGCACUGAGGGACAAGAUCCCCAACAGAAGAUGAAUAUUAAAGCAAAGUUAACAUGCAUGGCAUAUGGUGUAUUUAGGUUUCUGGAAACUUUUCUAUUUUGUAAACCGUUUUUACCUUAAAAAAAUCACUGAAUCAAUAUUGCCUUGGGGAAUGUGUAAUGAAGAGCGGUCAUGAUUGAGUAAACCGUUUUCCUGGUUGUUGGGUUUAUUGUUUUAAAUAAUGAUUUUGAUCUUUAAAGCACUCUUUUUAACAUGUUUUAUACUUUCAGUUCAAAGCCUUUCCCUAUAUACAGUCUAUGAUCUUUCCCCACAGCUUAAUACUUAAAAUGGUGAACCAUUCAUUUACCUUUACUGUUUCUCAUUUCAUUUAUAUUCAAAGUUGUACUACUGGUAUGCCAUACGAUAAAUAAACCCCCUGAGAAUUGUC